GUCUAUGUGACAGAAGUCUUUUUUCGGGAGCCACUUUGGUUCGACAUUGCAUCAAGUAGUAUCUCCGUUCGCAAGCCGCCAACACUCCAAUUUCUUGCGGAUAAGUUUGGGCAUAUAAUCUUGAUCGGCAAGAGAAGGCUUUCCUCUUCAGCCGCAUUUUCUUCUUCUUCUUCUUCUUCUUCUUCUUCAGCGGAUCAGGAUAUAACUACCACUACGCUGGUGCACGAUGCAGCGAUGUGGAUGAUUAGACACCAAGACUCACAUAUAAUACGAGGAGUCGGUCGACUUCUGUGCGAAGUCAUGGCGCUUGGGGAAGAAGAAAAGUCGAACAUUCGGGAUGAGGAAAUGAAAGUAGCUGUCGCAGCAAAGGAUAGAGAUAUAGGUAGAGGUAACGAAGAGGCAGAUCCUGCUCAUACGCAGGCUUCUAUUUCUCCAAACAUCAAACCGGAUGUGCUCGCAGCGUGGGUCACUGAGCUUCUUGCGCGAAUCCCUCCAACGCGGCGCUGUGGAACGUCCUUGCGCUAUCUCGCUACGCAUGCGCUAUGUUUGAAGGAACUUGAUAGCGCAAAACAAGCACUCCACUUCAGUCAUGGCGAAGAUCACCCCGUCGACUUUCGGUCUGACAUUAUUCAGGCGGAGCUUCAGCGCGUCCUCACGGUGGAACUUUCAAAGGGCUGGUACUAUGUUGAUGAACCGACUCAACGAGCACGAGCUGCAGCAGAACAGGGAAAGGAUGCCGAUGAGAGUCCCAAUUAUCUGAACAAGAGCGAUGAGAGGACAACUUCUACUACUUCUACCUCUGCUGGUGCUGACACAUCCAGCACCACCACCGGUACUCGCGAGAUCAAGACUCCUCUCACUGCACGUCAAUUCUUCGAGCAUCUCGUUGCAUAUUCUGCAGACCCCAAGAUAACCGCAGAGACGCUGGCGCAUCAUACAGAUGCCGCAGAUCGGUCGUACCUUCUAUGCGCUGCUUUCUGUGCUGCACAACCUGGUUGCCGAGCUUUUGAUAUAGAAGGCGAAAUUGAUUCUAGGUCUCCACCCCCUGAUUCCGUCUCCGAGUCAUCUUCUCAACACAUCGAUCCACCUUCACCUAUUUCACGAAGUCGAGAUUCGCCAGAACUCCUGACGGCGCCGUCGAAUUGUCGCUUACUGAGCGCAUCCCGGGAUUUUGAAAGUGCUGGCGGAGGAAAACAAAUGGAGAUUGACAUCGAUGUGCCUUCAGGAGCAUCGCCGUCAAGGCGUUCCAUACUCUCACGGAAGGUUGGUUUAUCGAAAAGCUCAAUAACAGCAAAAGUAUCAACAGGAUCCUUCAGACGCGCUUCUGAGCUUGAAAUCGACCUCGUCGCUUGGCCGUCGCUUUUUUGACAUGCACAAAGCUCCAG